AUGCGAGGGCCGAGUAGGGCCGGGAGAAGGCCCGUUACCCAGCAACACGCGCGCGAGACCCAGGCCCGCCGGCGCCGGUCUCCUCUGCGCCCGCUCGGGCCCGCGGCCGCGUCGCGUACCGCGAAGGGGAAAUGCUGCCGAGGGGGGCUGGAAGGGAGGACGAGCAUCUCCGCGGCGGGACGGGGCGGGGCCGCGGCGACGCGGAGAGGCGGAGGCGGGACGGGAGUUGGAUUUAAAUGCAUUUAUGGAAAAAGGAAAAAAUUGGAUAGUAAGUUAAUCAUAGAAAAUUAUAACACUGCAAUGGCUUCUUCAGUGGAAAACAACAUGUAUGUAAAUAAAGUGUGGAUUCAAUGUGAGAAUGAGAGCUGUUUGAAAUGGCGAUUGUUGACAAGUGAGGACGCAGCCAAAAUUGAUCACAAUGAGCCAUGGUAUUGCUUCAUGAACACUGAUUCAAGAUAUAGUAAGUGCUCUGUUCCUGAAGAAGACUUUCCUGAGGAAUCUCAGCUUAAUCAAAGUGGAUUUAAGAUUGUCUAUUCACAGCUACCUCUUGGAAGCCUGGUUUUGGUGAAAUUACAGAAUUGGCCAAGUUGGCCAGGGAUACUUUGCCCUGAUCCUUUUAAAAGGCAAUACGUGACCUAUGACCUGGAUGGAAAUGUUGAACAGUAUCACAUAGAAUUCCUGGGUGACCCCCACUCAAGAUCAUGGAUAAAGGCAACAUUUGUUGGACAUUAUAGUAUCGCAUUAAAGCCAGGAAUAUGUAAGAAUAAAAAGAAGUGGUAUAAAAGUGCACUAGAAGAAGCAUACCUUCUUUAUGGAUGUUCUCCUGAGCAAAGACUGGAAAUGUGCUGCUUAUCGAAACAGGAUAAAUCUAAAGCAGGAGGCAAAGUUGCUGUGGUGGCCAAGAACGGGGUAAGAUUAUAUAGGAACAAAACAAUGAGAAAGCAACCUAAGUUCAGACAGAGAAAGAGGAAAGCUAUCUUAAAACAUUCUUUGGAAAACGUUUGUUCAGAUGAUGCCUUAUCAAAGGAAAGCGUGGUGGUCUCUGAGACAGAAAGUUUACUAAAAGAGCUGGAGCAAAUGCUUCAACAAGCUCUAGAACCCACAGCAACACCUGAUGAGUCCGAAGAGGAACGUGGAGAGGAAAUAAAUAUGAGAGAAAAGUUACCUAAAUGCAGCUCUGAUGGCUCUGCAUGCAGUCCAUUUGAAAACCACUAUGAAGAGGAAUAUCUUGUAAUUGAUGGGCUAAAACUAAAAGCUGGAGAAUGUAUUGAAAACAUAACUAGCAAGUUUGAAGAAAUAGAUGCUUUGAUGUCUGCAUUUUAGAGCAUUAUAGAUAUUUUCAAAAGUUAAUUAUAAAAACAUUUACAUCUAUAUAUUUUCCCAAAGUCAAAAACUUAAAAAUGUUUAGUGAAAUAGAUGUGUGUGUGUGUGUGUGUGUGUAUACAAUAGUUGAUAUUUGUAAUAACUUCCUACUUUAUAUUUUGAGAAUAUCCAGUUUCGGUAGCCAAUCGAAUGGUAUCUAAGUUAGUGUUAAAUAAUAGAAGCCCUAAUGUUUGUAGAUUCUUUUGUUUGCCCUAAUUUUAAAAUGGUCUAUGAAGCUUACUGCAUAAACACAUGCUUUACAGUAAUUAUUUAAGCCCUUUAUUCAAAUGUGACUAUUAAAAUGGCUACCACAGCUAUUAUAAUUCUUACAGAUAAUUUAAAUCUAAUAUACU